UGUGGGGCCAGUCGAGAUUUUUUUUAUAUGGCUCGAGCCAAAUAAUAAUUGGCUCUAGCCAGAUAAUAAUUGGCUCGAGCCAGAUAAUAAUUGGCUCUAGCCAGAUAAUAAUUGGCUCGAGCCAGAUAAUAAUUGGCUCGAGCCAGAUAAUAAUUGGCUCGAGCCAGAUAGAAACACCUGUUGUUAAUUCUGGGAAGUCCCAGAACGCCUGUCGGCCGGCGUAAUUUUUUAACCUGUCUGGAGUAUUUGGUGUCUGGUCGCAUGAUAAUACGCUCCGUGUUUGUGAUGUGUUUGAAAUAAAAAAAACAAUUAAUAAUAUUAAUUUCUUUGUGGUGAACAUUGUCUGAUUUAUAACAUUUAUUGAUUAUAUCUACUGAUUUGAGAUGGAUUUGGAAACAUUCCUGAUAGAACGGGGACUAGGACAAGAUGUCAUAGACAAGUUCAGGACUGAGAAGAUAGACGAAGAAGUUAUUAAAUAAAUGCCUGAAGAGGAUUUGAGACAAUACAUUCCCCUUUAUGGAGACAGAAUGGCGGCUAAACAGUUUUGUAACAACCGAGAGAAGCCAAAUCGAAAAAUGGUACUAUUAAAAAAGUUGCAAAAUAAGAUAAAACGAAAAUCAGAGGCUUCCAACGGUGCAUCUUCCGGGAAUGAAGAAGACGAAUCUGGAAAGAGAAAAAAAUCUGGAAACUGGAGAUCUACUCGUCAGGUGGAAAUAGGUUGGAUGUAUAGUUUAGAUGGUGAGAAAUAUAAGCAAAUACGAUCCCAGACUGGUGGAGGUACAUGGAAAGUCUGUGCUUUGAAGACCAUGAAAAAAAGUGACCUUAUUCAAAAAGGAAUUGAAAUAUUUUUUCCGGGGAAUAUUUCCAAAAUGGGCAAAUUAGAAGAAUUUUCCGUUGAUUUAAUGGAUUUUAAGUUGUCUACCAUCGAAGAUAAUGUGACUGUCGAGGAUAUGUUUCGAGCAACCAAGUUUUCUAACUCAAAAGUGAGAGUUUAUCUAGCUACUAAAGAAAAAAUACAAACGGUUACCCGAACAGCAUCAGAUGAGGAAACUCAGAUAAACACCGAAUCAUACACAGAAAAUUCUCCCAACAAUUCGUCGUUAUCCUUUUCUCUACCAUCUGUUGUACAAGUAUCUGUAGAAUCAAAUGAACGACAGGAGCAGCUGGAGAUACCAGAGAUAAACAAUCCAUCUAUGUUCUUGAAUGAUGCAGAUCCAAAUGUAGUAGUUGAAUAUGAAAAUGAUUUCACUAGGUUUUAUUCUAACUAUAUCCCAAUAUACGAAUUAGAACAUACUUCUUCAGUAUCACAGAAUCAGAACGACAUAACCGAAAUACAUAGUACAUACAAUACAUACAAUAAUGCGGACUCAACUACUACAGCUCCGGAACCGGCUUUGAGUCCCAUAGCUCCGGAACGCUUGGAAUACAAUCUCAUCACUCUUCGACGUGGGUCACUUUUUGAAGACCUUCUUCAGAAAUUCAUGACCUUGGAUAAGGACGGACUACCAAUUCAAAUAAAAAUGAAAGGAUAUAAUGGAGUAGAGGAGCUUGGAGAAGAUAUAGGAGGUGUGUUUCGCGAUUCGUUAUCAGCCUUUUGGUCCUGUUUUAUGGACAGAUGUACAGUGGGGGCAAAUGUGAAGAUCCCAUACAUACGCCACGAUUUCAAUGCUGAGAAGUGGGAAGCUAUUGCCCUCAUUCUAUAUAGGGGCUAUAAAGAAACCAAUUACUUUCCAAUCGAAAUUGCCAAAGUUUUUAUGGAAAUGGUAAUUUUUGACAGACGAUUGAGUGACCUAAUUGAGUCAUUUUUAUCAUAUGUUAGUUCCGAUGACAAAUUUCUCUUAGAAAAAGCAAUGUCAAAACUUGAAAAUGUCGAUCAAGAAGCUCUUUUAGACAUCUUGUCAGAUUUGGGAUGUAAGACACAUGCUACUGAGAGAAAUAUUUCUACACUACUAGAAGAGUUAGCUCACAAAGAAUUGAUACAAAGGGGAAUGUUCGUCAUUAAUGCCUGGCAAAAAGUGCUUAGAAACUUUAUCUCCGAAGAAAAGUUUUCAGACAUCUAUGGAACAAAACAGAUCAAUUCAAAAAAUCUUUUGUCCCUAUUAUCUCCUACUGAUCUUGAUGCAGAAAAAAACACAAUCUUUAACUACCUGAGAAAAUUUAUCAGGGAAAGUUCUGUGCUAACAUUAAAACAAUUGCUGAGAUUUUGUACUGGAGCUGACGUCAUUAUAGGAAGACGUAUACAAGUCAACUUCAAUCAAAGAUAUGGUCUAGACAUGGUUCCAACAUCACACACAUGUUCUUGUAUCUUAGAGUUGCCAGUGAAUUAUCACGAUUAUCCAGAAUUUCGUUCUGAUUUCAGUUCAGUAUUGAACAGCACUGAUUGGUGCAUCGAUUUGAUGUAAUUUGUAAAUUCUGGAGUGGAUAAAAUUCCGUUUUAACUUAUGUUUACAUGUAAUUUUUGUUUGUUUAGUGUUAACUUUUGAACAUGUACUUUCAGAAAUAUAUUUUGUUGAUGAAAAAUGUACCUAUUUCGGCUAUUUCCUAUUCAAAUCUUGUUUCAUACACUCGCGAAUUGCGAAUUUUGUGCCGAUAGUCAGACAAAUAUAAUUUUCGCGUAAAAAAUAUGAAAUACUUACUAAUGAUCAAUUAAAAAAAAAUGGCAAUUCGCGAGUAUAUGAAACGGGCUUAAAUAGGUAGGUAUUAUGUUGUUUUCUUUCUGCAAAUUCAGGUUUAUGAACUUGUCGUAUCAUGUAAGUAAGUACUAUCAUAUUAUAAGAAGACUCAUGAUACUAUCCAUCAGGCACACAGCGCAGCGUCUGUAAUAGCAUACGAAAAAUACUAGAGGUAUUGUUUCAUACAAUCGACGCGAAUUAAAUCUUGAUUUUCAGACAAAAAACUGUCAUUUUCUGGUAAAAGCAAAUAGAUUGUCUAGUCUUGGGUCAAUUUAAAAAAAUUCGCGAGUAGGCAUAUGAAACAUGAAACGCGGACUUUUACCUUGCGACCUUUCAUCUAACUUCUUCUAUUCACAACAAUCCGAUUCAUCCAAUUUGAAUAUUCAUCCCUGCAAUUAUUACGGUAAUUGCAAUUUUGUAUUCUAGUAAAUUUUAAGGAAAAUCCUGUCAUCCAUUCAAAUUCUUGACAUUUUGAGUGCCCUGUGCAUAUUUAUAUCAGGGUCUUCCAACAAAAGUCGGCACUAUUAUUGCUAAC